AUGGAAUUUAAAUAUAAAGACCAGCAGACUCCAUUAUGACAAUUUUGGAGACUUCCAAUAGACCCUUUAAUCCCUAAAAGCAGGCAUGAUAGUAAAAUAUUUCCAUUAAGACUAGCUUGUAUGAAUGCCCACUAUGAUACUUCUCAAGGGUUUAUGGAUUUUUCAAGCCAAACUAUUGAAAAAUCUGAAUUUGACUCAAUUGCAAAUAAAAUUAAACAGAGAAUCCAAUGCGGAAAAAUUACUUAUGAUGCAUUAAAAUAUUUAUUUAUAGUAUGAACUGCGUUCUUGCUUGUCUCUUUAAUUUCAGCAAUUAUAUAUUUAGACUUUUUGGCACUUGGGGUAGAUGUUGCAUGAAUUGCAGUGAUGCUUACUGUGACUAGGCUGAUGGGCCAUUGCUUCAUUAAGAGAUUGCAAAAAAUUAAAAAUUCUGUUGAGCCUGAUGUUGCUUUAUUAAAUGAGAAAAUUGGUCAGAGAAAUUUAUCCUUCAUAAUAGGAAACCAUUGUUAUUGAAUUGAAAUCAAAAUAAUUCAUUAUGCUCCUCCAGUGAUUCCAAUAAGUGAUUUAGAAAGCUUGCCGCCUGCUUUGGCUGCUUUUGAAACAAACCCACCAAGCCGAAAUGUGCAACUUUAA